AUGACCUCUUUUUUUUUUGGCAAGAUUGAUGGAAAGCUCGAAGCCCCGAGAAGUGUAAAGGAAUGGGGAGUUAAAAGUGAGUAUUGGUUAUGUUUCGAAAAGGUGACAGGUCUCGUUCUCACUGGAUCUGGUCUCCUCCAUGCCCAUGGAGGAAGUUGGUGGUCUUCUGUCCCCUCGUCCUCCCGACCAACGGCAUUGAGAUUUGGUGGGUGUAACAACCUUUUAUACAAUGGAUUAACUCAAAGGGAUAGUCCAAGUAAUCACAUUAAAAUUAUCGGUUGCACCAAUGCAACCCUAUCGAAUCUUCAUAUCAUCGCACCCGGAAACAGUCCAAAUACUGAUGGCAUUGAUAUCGCUGAUUCACACAAUAUCCAUAUUCUUAGCUCGUCAAUCAAAACCGGUGAUGAUUGUGUUGCGAUUAUUGGUAGUUCGUCCGAUAUCAACAUAACUCGUGUCGGAUGUGGUCCGGGUCAUGGCAUCAGUGUAGGUAGUUUGGGGAAAGGAGGGACAUUAGGGAGGGUACAAAACGUGAACGUAAGACACUGCACCUUCUAUGAAAGCUUAAGUGCCGCAAGAAUCAAGACUUGGUCUGCCACGGCUGUGAAAGUGAGCGACGUAACAUUCAGAGAUUUCAGAGGGACGAGUACAGACACUCUUGCAAUAAAUAUAAAUUGUGACAGGGGAAUAGGGUGUGACAACAUACUUAUGGAACACAUCAAUAUUACUUCUUCAUCUCCGAGAACACGUCUCACCGCGUUUUGCCGAUUCGCACAUGUAAUUAGCCGCUUCGUCUCCAUUAGUAUCAGGUGUGUUUCUCGUGAUGAAGAUUCUCGUUCUCCAUCACCGCUUCCUUAA